UACAGCCAGAUUAAUAUUUUCGAAGUCAAUUCAUAUAAAAAAUGAAAUUCACCACAUUUUUUGCACGUUGCCUAUUCAUAGUUUUGUUCGUUUCUUUUAUAAUUUUUUAUGCGUCGAAAGUUUUUGCAGUGAAAAGUUUUGUGUCUGGCAACAACGUCCCGAGUGUUUUUCGUAAUUAUACAUAUCCCGCUGCUCGACGUGAUGAGAGUGUUGUCGAUGAUUUUCAUGGAACGAAAGUUUUGGACCCAUAUCGAUGGCUCGAAAAUCCCGAUUCUGAUGAAACAAAGCAAUUUAUCAAUGCUGAAAAUGAAAUAUCUCGCUUGUUUUUGGAAAGUAACGAUAUAUGGCCAAAAAUUAAGAAGAAAUUAACUAAUUUUUGGAACUAUCCAAAAUACACUGCACCAGUACGGCAUGGAAAUUAUUACUAUUUCUAUCAAAAUUCGGGCCUUCAAGAUCAAGAUGUUUUGUAUAGACAGAGUUCAUUGACUGAUGACCCAAUUCUAUUUUUGGAUCCAAAUACAUUCUCAACCGAUGGCACAAUUUCAUUACAAACUGUGGAUUUCUCCAACGAUGGCAAUUUAUUUGCAUAUGGUGUCAGCGAAUCAGGUUCAGAUUGGAUAAAGAUCAAAGUUCGCAAUAUUGAAAGCGGUGAAGAUUUUAAAGAUUGUUUGGAACAAGUGAAAUUUCCAUCGAUUGCAUGGACACGUGACAACAAAGGCUUUUUCUAUAAUCGUUUCAAUCAAGAAGGAAAAAUCGACGGUUCUGAAACUGAAAUGAACCAAAAUCAAAAAUUAUAUUAUCAUCGCAUCGGGGAGCCACAAGAAAAAGACUUACUUGUUGUUGAGUUUCCAGAAAAUCCAUCAUGGACAGUCAACGCAGAAAUAAGCCACUGUGGAAAGUACUUAAUUGUAACGAGUACCAUUACAACAAGUGAUAAUUUGGUAUUUUUUGCUGACUUAGAGCAGAAUGGCCCGAUAAAUGGAAAAAUUUCACUCAUACCAAUAAUUACGAAGUUUGAGGCUGAUUUUAUUUAUGUAACCAACACUGGAUCAAAGAUGGUGUUCCAUACGAAUAAGAAUGCGCCAAAUUUCCGACUUAUUACAAUCGAUCUCAACAACUAUGCGGAGGAAAAUUGGAGUACUCUUAUUGAGGAGCAUCAAAAAGAUGUACUAAAUGCGGCUUAUUGUGUAGAUGGAGAUAAAAUCGUCAUCGAAUAUUUUCGCGACGUUAAGAGUGUGCUACAAGUACAUUCCCUUGAAACGGGCCGAUUGAUUCGAACAUUGCCGCUUGAAAUCGGUGAAGUUGUUGGUAUUAGUGGAGAUAAAAAGCACUCGGAAAUCUUUUAUCAGUUGGUGUCGUUCUUAACGCCUACCGUAAUCUAUCGAUAUGAUUUCUCAAAACCACACAUCGAACCUUCUGUAUUUCGUGAAGUAAAGAUGAAUUUAAAGGGAUUCGACAAAAAUAACUUCAAAGUAGAACAAAUAUUUUACCCCAGUCGUGAUGGCACCAAAAUCCCAAUGUUCAUUGUUCAAAAGAAAACUAUAUCAAAAGGUCCGAAGGCAGUUUUAUUGCAUGGAUAUGGUGGUUUCAAUAUUUCAUUGUUGCCAACAUUCAGUGAACUUAUAUUGUACUUCAUCGAUGCAUUUAAUGGCAUGUUUGCAAUGCCAAAUAUUCGUGGUGGUGGAGAAUAUGGAAGCUCUUGGUAUGACAGUGGCCGUUUACUCAAUAAACAAAAUGGAUUUGAUGAUUUCCAAGCAGCUGCCCAGUAUUUGAUCGAUCACAAAUACACGGAAGCCAAGAAGAUAGCCAUUCAAGGUGGUUCAAAUGGUGGAUUACUUAUCGGUGCCUGCAUCAAUCAACGACCAGAGCUAUUUGGUGCGGCUGUAGCUCAAGUAGGCGUGAUGGAUAUGUUACGUUUUCACCAAUUCACGAUUGGCCAUGCAUGGAUUUCUGACUAUGGCAAUCCGGAAGAAAAGGUUCAUUUCGAUAAUCUGUAUAAAUUCUCACCAGUACACAAUGUACAUUCACCGAACAGCACCGACAACCAAUACCCAUCAACAUUGAUUUUGACUGCCGAUCAUGAUGAUCGCGUCAGUCCAUUGCAUUCGCUGAAAUUUGCUGCUGCUUUACAGCAUGCUGUUAAAGACAAUGAAUUUCAAAAGAAUCCAAUCUUAUUGAGAGUCUACAGCAAGGCUGGACAUGGUGGUGGUAAACCCACCACAAAGAUAAUUGAAGAGUCCACCGAUAUUCUAACGUUUUUGUAUCAAGCUCUUCAAAUCAGUACUGAUCAUUAGGUAUUAUGGUGCGGCUAAGAGGUUUUCGCUGCUUUAUAUAUUUAUAUUUUUCAGUAAUCUUUAUUAAUAUUUAUUAAAAGGAAAGUACUCUGAAGGGUAGAAUUCAAUAUAUUUAUUAACAUGUUUUAUUUGGUAAUUUUAAUGCAUUGACAUUAACAGUAACAGUUUCGAAAUAAAUUGCAAAGAAUUUCGGAAAUGUGCUACAAAUCACUAGAAUGUACAAUAACAUUUUAGAAAGUAUUUGAAAAUAAAUUCUUUGUGUCUCAGUGUCUCUAGCCUUCAUUUUUGUACUAUAGGAAGGAGACAGGAAAUGCGGCUUUUACAAAGCACUAUUUGUAGUUUUUAUGAAUUCAUAACAUUUUUUUUGUUAUUCACUUCAUCAACCAGAUCCUAAAGAGCGAUAAAGCAAAUCUAAUAAAAUAAAUAAAGCAAAAAAAUCAAAUCACCAAAUA